AUGUACUGCACGGAUAGCAUUUUGGAAAUGGUCUCGAUUUUGAGGACGCCGUCACUGGGAAGCGGCUCCAAGCGUUCGAGUUACAGCCGCUCCUUCGACCUGCCGGAUGACUCUCAAGACUUCGGCUUUGUCGGAGGAGCAAUGCUGCCGGUGUUUCUCAACGAUUUGAGGAGAAACGCCAACAAUCCCGAGCAGGACUUGGUCGAAGUCACGCUAGAGGUCGACGAUAAUUCCAUUGUUUUGUACAGUGUUGCGCCUGCAGGCGGUGGCGGCGAAGGAGGAGGAGGGGGACGAGAGAGAGAGAGAGAAAGAAAUAGCGAGCUCGUGUCUCCUCAGAACGCCAAUGGAUUUUUGUCCAGGAGUUCGUCGGCUUUAAGGAGGAAGUUCUUCUGGCUAAAAUCGUCGGCGUCCUCGUCCGGGGCUUCGUCUGAAGUCGGCGAUCAGUGCUCAACGACAUUGGUGGCGGAUAAACGAGAAGAGAUGAAGAUGAAGGCCAAGCUAAUGAGGACGAAAUCGAGCGCCCAGAGAGCCCUGAAGGGACUACGGUUCAUUAGUAAAACUACGAGGGAUUGCGACGCGACUGAGCUGUGGAGAAAAGUGGAGGAACGGUUCAAUUCCCUGGCCAAAGAUGGCUUGCUUUCUCGAGAAGAUUUUGGUGAAUGCAUAGGGAUGGCGGAUUCGAAGGAAUUCGCGGUGGGGGUUUUUGAUGCAUUGGCGCGUCGGAGGCGGCAGAGGAUUGGGAUGAUAACCAAAGCCGAGCUGCAUGAUUUUUGGUUGCAGAUUUCUGAUCAGAGUUUCGACGCCCGUCUCCAAAUUUUCUUUGACAUGGUGGAUAGCAAUGAAGAUGGAAGAAUCACAAGGGAUGAAGUCCGAGAGCUAAUAAUGCUGAGUGCUUCUGCGAAUAAGUUGUCCACAUUGAAAGAACGUGCCGAAGAGUAUGCUGAUUUAAUAAUGGAAGAAUUAGACCCAGAAAAUCUCGGAUACAUUGAGUUGUGGCAAUUGGAAACACUGCUUCUACAAAGGGACGCAUACAUGAACUACAGCAGGCCUCUGAGCCAAGCAAGUGUAGGAUGGAGUCAGAAUUUAGGCAACUUUCGGCCCCAAGAUGCUGUGCGGAGGCUAAGAUGCGCGCUGAAAUGCCUCUUACUGGAGAACUGGCAAAGGGGUUGGAUCUUGCUGCUGUGGCUGAUGGCCAUGGCCGGACUGUUUACGUGGAAGUUCUUGCAGUACAGGCGAAAGGCAGCAUUUCAAGUAAUGGGUUAUUGCUUGACAACUGCCAAAGGGGCUGCAGAGACUCUGAAGCUCAACAUGGCUCUCAUUCUCUUGCCGGUGUGUCGCAAUAUCUUGACCUGGCUUAGAUCUACAAGAGCAAGGCUAUUCAUUCCCUUCGAUGACAACCUUAAUUUCCAUCAGAUAAUAGCGGGCGCCAUAGCUAUUGGAGUCGUGAUCCAUGCAGGGAACCACAUGGUUUGUGAUUUCCCCCGCCUUGUUAACUCACCCCCCGAAAAGUUUGCAGUUAUAGCUGCAGAUUUCAAUAACGUAAAACCCACCUACAAAAGCCUUUUGACCGGAGUGGUAGGGUUGUCUGGAAUCGGCAUGGUGAUUUUGAUGACAAUAGCAUUCACCCUAGCCACGCGACUCUUCCGGAAGAAUGUGGUGAAGCUGCCAUUUCCAUUUAACAGAUUGACGGGAUUCAAUGCAUUCUGGUAUUCUCAUCAUCUUCUAGCUCUGGUCUACAUAUUGUUUCUGAUACACGGAUCCUUCCUGUUCCUCGUCCACAAAUGGUACCAGAAAUCGACAUGGAUGUACAUUUCUGUUCCCCUCUUGCUCUAUGUAGCAGAAAGAAGCCUGAGAACGUGUCGGUCAGGACAUUAUGCAGUUAAAAUCCUGAAGGUUUCUGUGCUCCCCGGAGAUGUUUUCAGCUUGAUCAUUUCAAAACCCAAUGGAUUCAAAUACAAAAGCGGGCAGUAUAUAUUCUUGAAGUGCCCAACAAUCUCCCCAUUUGAAUGGCAUCCAUUUUCAAUAACUUCAGCUCCUGGGGAUGACAACCUCAGCCUUCAUAUUCGUACGGUUGGAGACUGGACGCUAGAACUAAAGCGAGUGUUUACAGACGUUAAUGCUUCAUCAACAGCCAUUGGUCGAGCCAAGUUUGGAGAACUAGGGAAUAUAGACAAAAAUGGUUUACCACGACUGCUUGUUGACGGACCAUAUGGCGCUCCAGCACAGGAUUACCAGAACUAUGAUGUGUUACUUUUGGUUGGAUUAGGAAUUGGAGCCACACCUUUUAUAAGUAUUCUCAGGGAUCUACUCAACAACACAAAAACGGAAGAUCAUGGGGAUUCAACAACAGAAACCAGCACUUUAGAUGAGAGUAUGACUAGUAUUGGCUCUUCCAGCACAACAUCAAGCGCAAAGAAGAAACCACAGAGAGCUAAAAGUGCACACUUCUAUUGGGUUACAAGGGAGCCUGGAUCCUUCGAGUGGUUUAAAGGAGUAAUGCAUGAAGUUGCAGAGAUGGAUCAUAAAGGACAGAUUGAGAUGCAUAAUUAUCUUACCAGUGUUUAUGAAGAGGGUGACGCGAGGUCAACUCUCAUCACCAUGAUCCAAGCACUUAACCAUGCCAAACAUGGGGUGGACAUCCUCUCUGGCACCAAAGUAAGGACACAUUUUGCACGACCAAAUUGGAGAGAAGUGUUCAAAAGAAUAGCCAUGAAGCAUCCAUAUUCUACAGUAGGAGUGUUCUACUGUGGGAUGCCUGUCCUGGCCAAGGAGCUGAAAAAUCUUUCACAUGAGUUAACUUACAAGACAUCGACACGGUUUGAGUUCCACAAGGAGUAUUUUUGAAGCAAAGAAAGCUCAGUCAAGCACAUGAAGAAGUUUUACCCUUUCUGUAAUUAUACAAAUUAAACAAGACGGAGUAUUAUACAAAUUACAUGGAAAAAUGUAAAUACACAGCAUACAGUUAGAGUAGUCAAAUUUUCUUAGAGUUUCCAGAAGGAAGAAGAAAAUUUUGAUGCUUCUGUGUACUUGAAUAAUGGAUGGCAUAUCUCUUGAUAUCAAUUGCUAUCUGACAAGCCAUAUUUCAGAGAUAAUCUCCUCUUUCAUUUACAAAUACAAGAAGAGGAAAUAGAUUUUGAUAGAGAAGCACUUUCACCUGGUCAGACAAACAUCAUCAACUUACAAAAUAAGAAAUUGACAGGAACUCACCUAAGAUGGGAUCCUGAGUUGCCUCCACAGCAAGUGCUUAAAACUAAUGUGGAGCAGGUUUUCAUUCCC